GAGUCCCUCGGUAUACGUUUCUCGUCAUUCUUUCCACAUACUCUUGCUCUCUGACAAAUACUUGGUUUAAUUUUAUUCCCUCAACGAUGGGUUUGAACAGAGGAUCAGUAGCUUUGGCUUUCUUGGUUUCUUUAAUGGCUAUUGUUGGAGCCUGUUCUGGUGCUGUUUACAGGGUUGGUGACUCUGCUGGGUGGACUGACAAUGGCUCCGUUGAUUACAACGAAUGGGCCUCUUCCAAGAUCUUCCAUGUCGGUGACACUAUUGUUUUUGAAUACGACGCACAAUUUCACAACGUGAAGCAAGUGACGCACCAUGAAUUCCGGUCAUGCAACGUCACUUCUCCGAAGGCAACUUACUCCAGCGGCAGCGAUUCCAUCACUCUGAAGAGGAGGCCAACCCACCUUUACUUCGUCUGUGGGUUCCCUGGCCACUGCCAAGCCGGCCAAAAGGUCGAUAUCAGGGUUCUUCCUUCUUUUCUCGGCCCAACUGGUAGCCCGAGCCCGAGCCCGAGUGGUCUUCCUCAACCAGCUCAUAAGAGUGCUGCCACGUCUGCUCUCUAUUAUUCCUCGUCACUCGGGUCCGUGCUUUUGGUUGCUCUUGGAUUAUGGAUGGUUGGGUUUGCUUAUUAA